UUAUUAUAAAUAAAAUGGCUACCAGUGGUACUCCUGGAAAGAGAAAGAGAGAUAUGCGUUCUCUCAAUACUAGCAAUGCUUCACGUGGUGUAUGGCUCGUAAAAGUGCCUAACUAUGUGUCUGAGAGGUGGAAGAAAGCGAAAAAGGACCAGGAACUUGGCAGAAUGAGAAUCACAAGGAAUCCAAAUAAUUCUACAACAGUUCAGUUUUUCUUGGCACCAGAACUCCUUGAAGUAAAAAUGGAAGAUGGUACGGUCACACAAUUACCUAAAGACCAUCGUGUAAAUCUGCAAGAAACAAAACACCAGUCGUUAUCUGUAUUUACCGAAAGCCAAUCAGGCGGUGAUCUUGUGAUAGAAGGCAAGAUAAGUCAAAGAGCUGAAAUACAACCAGUCGAUAGUUCUAUAUACAUGUCACUGAAAAAGCAUCAAAUUCAACAAGCAGAAAAAACGAAAUUCACAGCAAGCCAUCUUAAUGAGUUACCCAGUCACUCGUAUAAGCCUGUAGCUUAUCACCCAGAACACGAAGCAAUUGAGAGGAAGAAGAAAGAGCCUAAGAAAGCCAGAGAUGAUAAAAAUGUUGUCUUUGAUUUGUUAUUCUCUGCUUUUCAGCGUCACCAAUACUACACAUUUAAGGAUCUAGUGGACAUUACUCAACAACCAGCUACAUACUUAAAGGAAAUAUUAAAGGAAGUCUGUAUAUACAACACUAAGUCGCCACACAAAUACAUGUGGGAAUUGAAGCCGGAGUACAGCUUGUCACAACAAUCAACUUCAAAAUCAUAAAAAUAGCAUUUUUUAAAAUAAUUUGAAUCUUAAAUGAUUAUUCGUUGUACUGCCA